AUGAAGGUCAUCGUAGGCAUUGGAGGCAUGACCAAUGGCGGCAAGACCACGCUGACCAGCAGCCUCCUCAAGUCGCUGCCCAACUGCUGCGUGAUCCACCAGGAUGACUUCUUCAAGCCCCAAGACCAAAUAGCAGUUGGUGAGGACGGCUUCAAACAGUGGGAUGCGCUGGAGGCCCUGGAUAUGGAGGCCAUGCUGAGCACGGUGCAGGCCUGGGCCAGGAGCCCCCGCAAGUUCGCCCGCGCCCACGGGGUCAGUGUCCACCCUGACGCCUCGGACACCCACAUCCUCAUCCUGGAAGGCUUCCUGCUCUACAGCUACAAGCCCCUGGUGGACUUGUACACCCUAAGGUACUUCCUGACCGUCCCCUAUGAGGAGUGCAAACAGAGGCGGAGCACCCGCAGCUACAUGGUCCCCGACCCCCCGGGCCUCUUCGACGGCCACGUGUGGCCCAUGUACCAGAAGUACAGGCGGGAGAUGGAAGCCGAUGGCGUGGAAGUGGUGUACCUGGAUGGCAUGAAGUCCCGCGAGGAGCUGUUCCACCAAGUCCUGGAAGACAUUCAGAAUUUACUCUUGAACCACUCCUAG